CCAUCCGCUUCUUAUACUUUUUAUUUUGAGCUCUUUCUCUCUGUUGCCUUUCUUUCCCAUUUAUUCCCCCUUCAUUCAUCCAAACCAUCUUUAUUCACACGGUGCCCCACUUUUGGUUUUUAUUUUGCACCCACAGGACUGGCACUUGCGGGCCUUUCAGAAAGACACACAAAGUUGACAGACACACAAUUGUCGGCGGUGGCGGGACAAUAAUAAGUUACGCAAACAAGGGGAAGAGAAACAAAUGCCAGCCCUGUGUGUGGGUUUCUGUAGCUCUGCUAACACAAAGAGUCCAUCCUUCGGCAUCCUUCCACCUCCUCAUCUCCUCGUGUGUGUGCGUAAUCUGUGUCUGUGUGCUGCACUAAAUCAUGUGUGUGAGAGAUGACAGAAAGAAAGGAAGGUGUACACAAAUGAAACCACCUCUGUCCUCCCUUUUCCCCAUUUUCCUAACAAGUGCUGUUAUAUUUUUAUACGGCAUACGAUGUCCUUGUUAACAAGGGACAGAAUGUCAAUGUUCAAUUCAGUUAAUUAUUGUGUGAAUAUUUGUUUUUCUAUAUUUGUGUUAUUGGUAUUUGAUGUUAGUUUGCCUCCUGUUUACUGGUAAUUGAUGAUAUCAUUGUAUCUGAAUGGAUACGAAUGAUGUGGGAGCUUUUCUGCAGAAAUAUCAAAGCCAAUAAUAGAAAAUCAUAGCACUUACUACAAGUAUGCAAGCAUCCAAUCAGGUUAUGUCAAUUUCAUCCUUUAUGCUGCUCACAGCCACUCGGGGGCAUAUUUGCAUGAUAUACCGAUUGUUAUGAUAUUUUGUGAUGUCAUAGCCAGUGUUUGUCCUAGCUUCAUUCAUUUUCAAUACCUAAAUUAGAAUAAGUGGAGGAAAAAUAAUCACUGACAUUAUAACAUUAGGAGGGAUGUUUUAAUGCACACAAAUAAAAUAGAAAAAAUGACAAUAAAAACAAACUAGAGAAGCACUCAGAGAGCGCAGACCAUCGUCCAUAUUGUGAUUCACACCAAAAUAAUAAUCCAACAUUUUUUGGAUCAGUCUUUGAUAUUUUGUAGAACCUGUUGGAAACACUCUCCUGUAUUUUUUUCCCCCCCAAGUGCUCUGACCAUUUUUUGUGGAGUUAUAUGCACAAAUGGCGAAAAAGGUCCUAUGUCGCAAUGUUAAAAAAUCCUUUCAAAAAAUCCUGGAUCCGGACGGUGAUCCGGAUCACCCCCAAAAUGUAACCAGUUCUUCCGUAUCCCACAUCUGACAAUUCCUGAACUGAAGCUGGCAAAAACAUAACCUCCGCACUGCUUUUGGCGUAGGUAAUAAUAACAUGUGGCUGUGGUCCAACAAAACUCAUCACAUACAAAAGAAAUGCAGAUUUAGUGACUAACUUCAGCCUUACUUUCAAGCAAAACAUCAAACCCAAAACUGAACAAUUUCAGCAGCAGUGUUGCAGUACAUGAAUAAAAUAGUGAUGCUAAGCAGUGUGCAACUACUAUCCAUCCAUUUUCUAUGCCGCUUCUCCUCAUUAGGGUCGCAGGGGUAUGCUGACUUCGGGCGACAGGCGGGGCACACCCCGGACUGGUCGCCAGCCAGUCGCAGGGCACAUACAGACAAACAACCAUUCACACUCACAUUCAUACCUAUGGACAGUUUAGAGUCGCCAGUUAACCUAACAUGCAUGUUUUUGGAUUGUGGGAGGAAACCGGAGUACCCGGAGAAAACCCACACAGAAAUGCCCAACGGAGAGUCGAACCCAGGUCUCCUGACUGUGACUGCGGCCCGUGCAACUACUAUAUAUUAGCAAAUACUAUGAUUCCCCAGCAGGGAGGGGAAAACAGCCUCAGGGUGCAAACAAUCCUCUAGCGGCACCCUCCUCAUUUUUUACCUGAGUCACAUUUGACACAGAUAGAGAGAAAAACAAACACCAGGAUGACUCAGGAGGACUAUUUUUAUAAGUGUGUCCCUCAAACAUUUAUUCCCCUCCUCCCCAUGUGCGCACCCAGCACGUCGCAUGGGAGCACGACAAGAAUAAAGCUUGUUUCCCUACAGCGAAAAGUUAACAGCUUGAGUGUCGCUCAUGUGUGAAAUAAAUACGGCGGUUGUCCUCUAAGUUGUUUAUCCUAACAUUUCACGAGUGUAAUUCAGGACUUUUUCAAUUAUGAUGACUACAACUGUACUGCUGGAAGUGCUCUAAUUACAGCCCGUGUGUUUAUUUACCGAAACGGAAAAGGGGAAGUUAAUUGGAAGCAGGUGAGCGGCUGUCAACUCUUACAUUUGAAAACUCACAUCCAUAUUUAUACUCAACUAUAUAUGAAAUAACACAUUUUUAAAACUUUGAUAAUGAUGAUGUGGAGUGCAAGAGAAAGUGGGAAAAAAAACAGCUUUCUUUGAUCGCAUGUUCAUUCGCUAACAGGUAUACCGCACAGUAGCAACACAACCAAUGUUAAUAUGUAAUAGCGGCAAGUGUAAGAUGAGUUUCGUACCAAGGGGAUGAAUGCAUUUUAAAGCGAACACAGAGGUUGAGAAAGCUGCUGGAUGCGGACCACUCAUGAUACUUCCAAUGCAGCUACUGUCAUCUUGUGGCAGCAAUCAAAAAAGCCACAGCUGUAAAUGCCAAUGUUUUUUGUUUUUUUUGACGUGGUGCUAAUGAAAAAAACCUGCGAUUAUUUUCUUUUGUAAACUACGCACCAGGCAACUAUAGGAAACUGCGGUUAAUUGAAUCGAGGCGUUAUUCGUUCAUUUCCGAUAACUUAUUGAAACGGUUUUCUUAAACAUUAAGCGUACAAUUUAAAAAAUAAUACAAAUAAUAAUAAUAAGAGGAAAAGUAAUAAACUAUUUUUAAAAAACUAAAAUAAAAAUAAACAUAAUAUCAAAAUCAUAAUUAUCUAGUCAACCACUUUCUAUGCCGCUCCUCCCCAAGGUUGCGGGGGUAUGCUGGAGCCUAUCCCAGCUGACUUUGGGUGAGAGGCAGAGUACACCCUGGACUGGUCGCCAGCCAAUCGCAGGGCUAAAAUUCCAAUUAAAAUAGCAUUUUGUUUUUUUAAAUUGAUGUUUGAAAUAUCGAACAUAUACUGUAGACCAGGGGUCCCCCUAUCACCGGGCCGUGGCCCAGUACCGGCCUGUGGGCGGGGGGAACUGGGCCGAGGAAACCUUUCAAGCGCAACGAUAAAAAAAAUACACACACACAAAAAAAUACUUUUACAAUUUUAAAUAAAUGCAUAUAAAUUUUGGAAAUAUGGGCCAUUAUUUUAUUCAAAAAAUAAUAUAGUUUGAAGUUUUUAUAUUGUUUAUGUAGUUUGUUGCGAGUGUCCCACUUUGUUUGACAGUCCUUGAACGCACCAUUGUAUGUGCGCUAGCCUUCUCCCACUCUGCACAGAUUGUCAACUAUACUGUAUUUUUAUCGGGGGUUUUUCACCUCAUAUUUGCUCCCAAAUGCUGAUACACUGUGGGAAUGCAUAAAGAUGCCCAGCCCACCGAGGCAGAAACCGCCGUGUGGAAUCAAGUUAGCGCCGUGCUGGAGGAGGCUCAUGGGAUCCUGGCCGAGCUGCAGUCCUAUAAUGGCGCCGGGCAGGAGAUACGAGAAGCCAUUCAGAACCCAGGUGACCUCGCGCUGCAGGAGAAGGCCUGGAACGCCGUCUGCCCCCUGGUGGCCAAGCUGAAGCGGUUCUAUGAGUUCUCACUGCGCCUGGAGAACGCCCUGCGCAGCCUGCUGGAGGCGCUGACGAGCCCGCCCUACGCCCCCAUGCAGCACCUGGAGCGAGAGCAGGCCCUGGCCAAACAGUUUGCAGAGAUUCUGCAUUUUACACUCAGCUUCGACGAACUAAAGAUGACCAAUCCUGCCAUUCAGAAUGACUUCAGCUACUACAGGAGGACCAUUAGCAGGAACAGGCUCAACAACCAGCAGCUGGAAGCGGAAAACGAGGUCAACAACGAGAUGGCCAACCGGAUGUCGCUCUUCUACGCCGAGGCGACGCCCAUGCUGAAGACCCUGAGCAACGCCACCACCAAGUUUGUGUCAGAGAAUAAGACCUUGCCCAUAGAGGACACCACGGACUGUCUGAGCACCAUGGCCUGUGUGUGCCGUGUCAUGCUAGAGACUCCGGAGUACCGUUGUCGGUUCACCAACACAGACACCAUGUUGUUCUGCAUGAGGGUGAUGGUGGGUGUCAUCAUCCUCUACGACCACGUGCACCCCGUCGGGGCGUUCGCCAAGACCUCCAAAAUCGAUAUGAAGGGCUGCAUCAAGGUGCUGAAAGAGCAACCGUCCAACAGUGUGGAGGGACUUCUCAACGCACUGAGGUAUACGACACGACAUCUAAACGACGACAGCACCUCCAAACAGAUCAGGGCGCUGCUGCAAUGAGCGAGGGAUGCACUUAAGAGGAAGAAGGGGGUGAAAAUGAGUGGAAGGAGGAGGAGGAGAGGAAACGUCGAUCACUGCUGUUUGUUUACAAUAUGUGGAGAAACCUGAUGAUAGUACGAAGAGGAAAAAGAAUUCUAUUUAUUGUCAGCUGUCCACCAUUCUCGUCUCUUGUUUGUAAAGUAAGAAAAUAGAGAAAAGAAGCCAGAAAAUAUAGAUAUAUAUUCAAUCAAAAGUGAAGCCGCAGAUGAAAAUACAUAGAUGACUGAGAAGAGGCUUUUAUUAUUAGGUGAGAAUUGAAGCAAAGCUGUAGUCUGACAAGUAUUUUUGCACACACACACACACACACACACACACACACACACACACACCAGACAGUUUCCUUCCUCUGCACUGACCCGUGUGCACGGUUGUGAAGCAAUGUGAUGGACACUCUCCGGAGAAUUGCUCCCAUCGCUUUUGCGUUGUGUAUCAGUGCAGGUGAAGGAUAGGAGACCUCCAUCUUUUGCUUUUUUUGUUUGUUUUUUUUUUUUACUUGAAUGACUUUACUCACUCUCUCCAUCGGUGCUUUAGCUAUCACUGUGCUUACUUGUCAUCCAGCUGCAAACUACGCAUCUUGUUGAAUGGGAGCUUUGAAAAGCCUUAGCGAUGCUUUCUGCUACUUUACACAUUCGGAUUGAGAAGUUGCAGCAAAAGAAAAACAAAAUCAUGAAAAAAAUGCUUUUUUUGUCAAUUCAUUAAAUUGACACUCACCCGUUUUGGAAGACAGAUGUGCGUGCUUCAGAGUCAAAUGCGUCAUCAUCAGCUGCAAGAGAAAAAAAAGUGCAUUUUAGCUUGAAGUCAGCCAAUAAGAGCCAAACUUUAAAAAAAAGAUGACAAUUUUAAAAAAAAGCUGUGCUUUACAUUGGAUGUCCUAGGCUUUAGUCUAAUUUGAUCUUAAAUGAUAUUUUCUAAUACGUACAGGACUAUGUGCACAAACAUAGUCUGUAUAAAUUAGAUGGCAUGUUGUACAAGUUCUGAGUGUAAAUAAGGUGUUUUUAUUCAUUUUGAAUUGUUCAGUGAUGCUGAAAUGGGUGUGUCGUCUCUCUCUCUCGCUCUCUCUCUCUUUCACGUUGACCAUGCGUCUGCCUCAUUUUUUUUGGACCACGCUCGUAGUCAUAGAGGAAAAUUCAUCAUAGCGAAUGAACUGGGAGGGGAAGAGGGAAGUGGGCAAAGUGGGUGUGUGUGUGAAUGUGUGUGUAAGUGUGC